AUGCUCCCGCUUUCCAUCACCCCGCCCCAUUCUCCCGCUUUUCAUCACCCGCCCCAUUCUCCCACUUUCCAUCACCCCGCCCCAUUCUCCCGCUUUCCAUCACCCCGCCCCAUUCUCCCUCCUUCCAUCACCCCGCCCCAUUCUCCCGCUUUCCAUCACCCUGCCCCAUUCUCCCAUCACCCCGCCCCAUUUUCCCGCUUUCCAUCACCCCGCCCCGUUCUCCCGCUUUCCAUCACCCCGCCCCAUUCUCCCGCUUUCCAUCACUCCGCCCCAUUCUCCCGCUUUCCAUCACCCCGCCCCAUUCUCCUUCUUUCCAUCACCCCGCCCCAUUCUUCUCCUUCCAUCACCCCGCCUCAUUCUACCUCCUUCCAUCACCCCGCCCCAUUCUCCCGCUUUCCAUCACCCCGCCCCAUUGUCCCGCUUUCCAUCACCCCGCCCCAUUCUCCCACUUUCUAUCACCCCAGCCUAUUCUCCCGCUUUCCAUCUCCCCGCCCCAUACUCCCGCUUUCCAUCACCCCGCCCCAUUCUCCCGCUUUCCAUCACCCCGCCCCAUUCUCCCGCUUUCGAUCGCCCCGCCCCAUUCUCCCUCCUUCCAUCACCCCGCCCCAUUCUCCCGCUUUCCAUCACCCCGCCCAAUUCUCCCGCUUUCCAUCACCCUGCCCCAUUCACCCGCUUUCCAUCACCCCGCCCCAUUCUCCCGCUUUCCAUCACCCCGCCCCAUUCUCCCGAUUUCCAUCACCCCGCCCCAUUCACCCGCUUUCCAUCACCCCUCCCCAUUCUCCCUCCUUCUAUCACCCCGCCCCAUUCUCCCGCUUUCCAUUACCCGCCCCAUUUUCCCGCUUUCCAUCACCUCGCCCCAUCUCCCGCUUUCCAUCACCCCGCCCUAUUCUUCUGCUUUCCAUCACCCUGCCCCAUUCUCCUGCUUUCCAUCACCCCGCCCCAUUCACCCGCUUUCCAUCACCCGCCCCAUUCUCCUGCUUUCCAUCACCCCACUCCAUUCUCCCGCUUUCCAUCACUCCGCUUCAUUCUCCCGCUUUCCAUCACCCCGCCCCAUUCUCCUGCUUUCCAUCACCCCGCCCCAUUCUCCCUCCUUCCAUCACUCCGCCUCAUUCUCCCUCCUUCCAUCACCCCGCCCCAUUCUCCCGCUUUCCAUCACCCCGCCCCAUUCUCCUGCUUUCCAUCACCCAGCCCCAUUCUCCCACUUUCCAUCACCCCGCCUUAUUUUCCCGCUUUCUAUCACCCCGCCCCAUUCUCACGCUUUCCAUUACCAUGCCCCAAUCUCCCGCUUUCCAUCACCCCGCCCCAUUCUCCCUCCUUCCAUCACCCCGCCCCAUUCUCCCGCUUUCCAUCACCUCGCCCCAUUCUCCCGCUUUCCAUAACCCCGCCUCAUUCUCCCUCCUUCCAUCACCCGCCCCAUUCUCCCUCCUUCCAUCACCCCGCCCCAUUCUCCCUCCUUCCAUCACCCCGCCUCAUUCUCCCGCUUUCCAUCAGCCCACCCCAUUCUCCCAUUUUCCAUCACCCCGCCCCAUUCUCCCGCUUUCCAUCAACCCGCCCCAUUCUCCCGCUUUCGAUCACCCCGCCCCAUUCUCCCGCUUUCCAUCACCCCGCCCCAUUCUCCCGCCCCAUUCUCCCGCUUUCCAUCACCGCGCCCCAUUCUCCCGCUUUCCAUCACCCCGCCCCAUUCUCCCUGUUUCCAUCACCUCUCCCCAUUCUCCCUCUUUCCAUCUCCCCGCCCCAUUCUCCCGCUUUCCAUCACUCCGCCCCAUUCUCCCUCUUUCCAUCACCCCGCCCCAUUCUCCCGCUUUCCAUCAACCCGCCCCAUUCUCCCGCUUUCGAUCACCCCGCCCCAUUCUCCCGCUUUCCAUCUCCCCGCCCCAUUCUCCCGCUUUCCAUCACCCCGCCCCAUUCUCCCGCUUUCCAUCACCCCGCCCCACUCUCCCGCUUUCCAUCACCCUGCCCCAUUCUCCCUGUUUCCAUCACCUCGCCCCAUUCUCCCUCUUUCCAUCUCCCCGCCCCAUUCUCCCGCUUUCCAUCACCCCGCCCCAUUCUCCCUCUUUCUAUCACCCCGCCCCAUUCUCCCGCCUUUCAUCACCUGCCCCAUUCCUCCCGCUUUCCAUCACCCCGCUCAAUUCUCCCGCUUUCCAUCACCCCGCCCCGUUCUCCCUCUUUCCAUCACCCCGCCCCAUUCUCCCGCUUUCCAUCACCUCGCCCCAUUCUCCCGCUUUCCAUCACCCCGCCCCAUUCUCCCUCUUUCCAUCACCCCGCCCCAUUCUCCCUCUUUCCAUCACCCCGCCCCAUUCUACCGCCUUUCAUCACCCCGCCCCAUACUCCCGCUUUCUAUCACCCCGCCCAAUUCUCCCGCUUUCCAUCACCCCGCCCCAUUCUCCCUCUUUCCAUCACCCCGCCCCAUUCUCACGCUGUCCAUCACCCCGCCCCAAUCUCCCUCUUUCCAUCACCGCGCCCCAUUCUCCCACUUUCCAUCACCCCGCCCCAUUCUCCCUCUAUCCAUCACCCCGCCCCAUUCUCUCGCUUUCCAUCACCCCGCCUUAUUCUCCCGUUUUCCAUCACCCCGCCCCAUUCUCCCGAUUUCCAUCACCCCGCCCCAUUCUCCCGCUUUCUAUCACCCCGCCCCAUUCUUCCGAUUUCCAUCACCCCGCCCCAUUCUCCUGCUUUCCAUCACCCCGCCCCAUUCUCCCGCUUUCCAUCACCCUGCCCCAUUCUCACUCUUUCCAUCACCCCUCCCCAUUCUCCCUCUUUCCAUCACCUCGCCCCAUUCUCCUGCUUUCUAUCUCCCCGCCCCAUUCUCCCUCUUUCCAUCACCCCGCCCCAUUCUCCCGCCUUCCAUCACCCCGCCCCAUUCUCCAUCUUUCCAUCACCCUGCCCAAUUCUCCCCCUUUCCAUCACCCCGCCCCAUUCUCCCGCCAUCCAUCACCCCGCCCGAUUCUCCCUCUUUCCAUCACCCCGCCCCAUUCUCUCGCUUUCCAUCGCCCCGCCCCAUUUUCCCGAUUUCCAUCACCCCGCCCCAUUCUCCCGCUUUCCAUCACCCACCCCAUUCUCCCGCUUUCCAUCACCCCGCCCCAUUCUCCCGCUUUCCAUCACCCCGCCCCAUUCUCCCGCUUUCCAUCACCCCGCCCCAUUCUCCCGAUUUCCAUCACCCUGCCCCAUUUACCCGCUUUCCAUCACCCCUCCCCAUUCUCCCUCCUUCUAUCACCCCGCCCCAUUCUCCCGCUUUCCAUUACCCGCCCCAUUCUCCCGCUUUCCAUCACCUCGCCCCAUCUCCCGCUUUCCAUCACCCCGCCCUAUUCUUUUGCUUUCCAUCACCCCGCCCCAUUCUCCCGCUUUCCAUCACUCCGCUUCAUUCUCCCGCUUUCAAACACCCUGCCCCAUUCUCCCGUUUUCCAUCACCUCGCCCCAUUCUCCCGCUUUCCAUCACCCUGCCCCAUUCUCCCGCUUUCCAUCACUCCGCCCCAUUCUCCCGCUUUCCAUCACCCCGCCCCAUUCUCCCGCUUUCCAUCACCCCGCCCCAUUCUCCUUCCUUCCAUCACCCCGCCUCAUUCUCCCGCUUCCCAUCUUCCCGCCCCAUUCCCCCGCUUUCCAUCACCUCUCCUUCCUUCCAUCACCCCGCCCCAUUCUCCCGAAUUCCAUCACCCCACCCCAUUCUCCCGCUUUCUAUCACCUCACCCCAUUCUCUCGCUUCCCAUCACCCCGCCCCAUUCUCCCGCUUUCCAUCACCCCGCCCCAUUGUCCCGCUUUCCAUCACCCCGCCCCAUUCUCCCACUUUCCAUCACCCCAGCCUAUUCUCCCUCUUUCCAUCUCCCCGCCCCAUACUCCCGCUUUCCAUCACCCCGCCCCAUUCUCCCGCUUUCCAUCACCCCGCCCCAUUCUCCCGCUUUCGAUCACCCCGCCCCAUUCUCCCGCUUUCCAUCACCCCGCCCCAUUCUCCCGCUUUCCAUCACCCUGCCCUAUUCACCCGCUUUCCAUCACCCCGCCCCAUUCUCCCGCUUUCCAUCACCCCGCCCCAUUCUCCCGAUUUCCAUCACCCCGCCCCAUUCACCCGCUUUCCAUCACCCCUCCCCAUUCUCCCUCCUUUUAUCACCCCACCCCAUUCUCCCGCUUUCCAUUACCCGCCCCAUUCUCCCGCUUUCCAUCACCUCGCCCCAUCUCCCGCAUUCCAUCACCUCGCCCUAUUCUUCUGCUUUCCAUCACCCCGCCCCAUUCUCCUGCUUUCCAUCACCCCGCCCCAUUCACACGCUUUCCAUCACCCGCCCCAUUCUCCUGCUUUCCAUCACCCCACUCCAUUCUCCCGCUUUCCAUCACUCCGCUUCAUUCUCCCGCUUUCCAUCACCCCGCCCCAUUCUCCUGCUUUCCAUGACCCCACCCCAUUCUCCCUCCUUCCAUCACUCCGCCUCAUUCUCCCUCCUUCCAUCACCCCGCCCCAUUCUCCCGCUUUCCAUCACCCCGCCCCAUUCUCCCGCAUUCCAUCACCCCGCCCCAUUCUCCCGCUUUCCAUCGCCCAGCCCCAUUCUCCCACUUUCCAUCACCCCGCCUUAUUUUCCCGCUUUCUAUCACCCCGCCCCAUUCUCACGCUUUCCAUCACCAUGCCCCAAUCUCCGGCUUUCCAUCACCCCGCCCCAUUCUCCCUCCUUCCAUCACCCCGCCCCAUUCUCCCGCUUUCCAUCACCCCGCCCCAUUCUCCCGCUUUCCAUAACCCAGCCUCAUUCUCCCUCCUUCCAUCACCCGCCCCAUUCUCCCUCCUUCCAUCACCCCGCCCCAUUCUCCCUCCUUCCAUCACCCCGCCCCAUUCUCCCGCUUUCCAUCAGCCCACCCCAUUCUACCACUUUCCAUCACCCCGCCCCAUUCUCCCGCUUUCGAUCACCCCGCCCCAUUCUCCUGCUUUCCAUCACCCCGCUCCAUUCUCCCGCUUUCCAUCACCCCGCCCCAUUCUCCCGCUUUCCAUCACCCCGCCCCAUUCUCCCGCUUUCCAUCACCCCGCCCCAUUCUCCCGCUUUCCAUCACCCCGCCCCAUUCUUCAGCUUUCCAUCACCCCGCCCCAUUCUCCCGCUUUCCAUCACCACGCCCCAUUCUCCCUCCUUCCAUCACCCCGCCCCAUUCUCCCGCUUUCCAUCACCCCGCCCCAUUCUCCCUCCUUCCAUCACCCCGCCUCAUUCUACCUCCUUCCAUCACCCCGCCCCAUGCUCCCGCUUUCCAUCACCCCGCCCCAUUCUCCCGCUUUUCAUCACCCGCCCCAUUCUCCCACUUUCCAUCACCCCGCCCCAUUCUCCCGCUUUCCAUCACCACGCCCCAUUCUCCCUCCUUCCAUCACCCCGCCCCAUUCUCCCGCUUUCCAUCACCCCGCCCCAUUCUCCCUCCUUCCAUCACCCCGCCUCAUUCUACCUCCUUCCAUCACCCCGCCCCAUGCUCCCGCUUUCCAUCACCCCGCCCCAUUCUCCCGCUUUUCAUCACCCGCCCCAUUCUCCCACUUUCCAUCACCCCGCCCCAUUCUCCCGCUUUCCAUCACCCCGCCCCAUUCUCCCUCCUUCCAUCACCCCGCCCCAUUCUCCCGCUUUCCAUCAGCCCACCCCAUUCACCCGCUUUCCAUCACACCGCCCCAUUCUCCCGCUUUCCAUCACCCCACCCCAUUCUCCCGAUUUCCAUCACCCCGCCCCAUUCUCCCAUCACCCCGCCCCAUUCUCCCGCUUUCCAUCACCACGCCCCAUUCUCCCGCUUUCCAUCACCCCGCCCCAUUCUCCCGCUUUCCAUCACUCCGCCCCAUUCUCCCGCUUUCCAUCACCCCGCCCCAUUCUCCUUCUUUCCAUCACCCCACCCCAUUCUUCUCCUUCCAUCACCCCACCUCAUUCUACCUCCUUCCAUCACCCCGCCCCAUUCUCCCGCUUUCCAUCACCCCGCCCCAUUCUCCCGCAUUCCAUCACCCCGCCCCAUUCUCCCAUUUUCUAUCACCCCAGCCUAUUCUCCCGCUUUCCAUCUCCCCGCCCCAUACUCCCGCUUUCCAUCACCCCGCCCCAUUCUCCCGCUUUCCAUCACCCCGCCCCAUUCUCCCGCUUUCGAUCGCCCCGCCCCAUUCUCCCUCCUUCCAUCACCCCGCCCCAUUCUCCCGCUUUCCAUCACCCCGCCCCAUUCUCCCGCUUUCCAUCACCCCGCCCCAUUCACCCGCUUUCCAUCACCCCGCCCCAUUCUCCCGCUUUCCAUCACCCCGCCCCAUUCUCCCGAUUCAAUCACCCCGCCCCAUUCACCCGCUUUCCAUCACCCCUCCCCAUUCUCCCUCCUUCUAUCAACCCGCCCCAUUCUCCCGCUUUCCAUUACCCGCCCCAUUCUCCCGCUUUCCAUCACCUCGCCCCAUCUCCCGCUUUCCAUCACCCCGCCCUAUUCUUCUGCUUUCCAUCACCCUGCCCCAUUCUCCUGCUUUCCAUCACCCCGCCCCAUUCACCCGAUUUCCAUCACCCGCCCCAUUCUCCUGCUUUCCAUCACCCCACUCCAUUCUCCCGCUUUCCAUCACUCCGCUUCAUUCUCCCGCUUUCCAUCACCCCGCCCCAUUCUCCUGCUUUCCAUCACCCCGCCCCAUUCUCCCUCCUUCCAUCACUCCGCCUCAUUCUCCCUCCUUCCAUCACCCCGCCCCAUUCUCCCGCUUUCCAUCACCCCGCCCCAUUCUCCCGCUUUCCAUCACCCAGCCCCAUUCUCCCACUUUCCAUCACCCCGCCUUAUUUUCCCGCUUUCUAUCACCCCGCCCCAUUCUCACGCUUUCCAUCACCAUGCCCCAAUCUCCCGCUUUCCAUCACCCCGCCCCAUUCUCCCUCCUUCCAUCACCCCGCCCCAUUCUCCCGCUUUCCAUCACCCCGCCCCAUUCUCCCGCUUUCCAUAACCCCGCCUCAUUCUCCCUCCUUCCAUCACCCGCCCCAUUCCCCCUCCUUCCAUCACCCCGCCCCAUUCUCCCGCUUUCCAUCAGCCCACCCCAUUCUCCCACUUUCCAUCACCCCGCCCCAUUCUCCCGCUUUCCAUCACCCCGCCCCAUUCUCCCGCUUUCGAUCACCCCGCCCCAUUCUCCCGCUUUCCAUCACCCCGCCCCAUUCUCCCGCUUUCCAUCACCCCGCCCCAUUCUCCCGCUUUCCAUCACCCCGCCCCAUUCUCCCGCUUUCUAUCACCCCGCCCCAUUCUCCUUGUUUCCAUCACCUCGCCCCAUUCUCCCUCUUUCCAUCUCCCCGCCCCAUUCUCCCGCUUUCCAUCACCCCGCCCCAUUCUCCCUCUUUCCAUCACCCCGCCCCAUUCUCCCGCCUUUCAUCACCUGCCCCAUUCCUCCCGCUUUCCAUCACCCCGCCCAAUUCUCCCGCUUUCCAUCACCCCGCCCCGUUCUCCCUCUUUCCAUCACCUUGCCCCAUUCUCCCGCUUUCCAUCACCCCGCCCCAUUCUCCCGCUUUCCAUCACCCCGCCCAAUUCUCCCUCUUUCCAUCACCCCGCCCCAUUCUCCCUCUUUCCAUCACCCCGCCCCAUUCUCCAGCCUUUCAUCACCCCGCCCCAUUCUCCCGCUUUCCAUCACCCCGCCCAAUUCUCCCGCUUUCCAUCACCCCGCCCCAUUUUCCCGCCUUCCAUCACCCCGCCCCAUUCUCCCUCCUUCCAUCACCCCGCCACAUUCUCCCUCCUUCCAUCACCCCGCCCCAUUCUCCCGCUUUCCAUCACCCCGCCCCAUUCUCCCUCCUUCCAUCACCCCGCCCCAUUCUCCCUCCUUCCAUCACCCCGUCCCAUUCUCCCUCCUUCCAUCAACCCGCCCCAUUCUCCCGUUUUCCAUCACCCCGCCCCAUUUUCCCGCUUCCCAUAACCCUGCCCCCUUCUCCCGCUUUCCAUCACCCCGUCAAAUUCUCCCGCUUUCUAUCACCCCGCCCCAUUCUCCUACUUUCAAUCACCCCGCCCCAUUCUCCCGAUUUCAAUCACCCCGCCCCAUUCUCCCGAUUUCCAUCACCCCGCCCCAUUCUCCCGCUUUCAAUCACCCCGCCCCAUUCUCCCAAUUUCCAUCACCCCGCCCCAUUCUCUCGCUUUCCAUCACCCCGCCCCAUUCUCCCGCUUUCCAUCACCCCGCCCCAUUCUCCCGCUUUCCAUCAUCCCGCCCCAUUCUCCCUCCUUCCAUCACCCCGCCCUAUUCUUCAGCUUCCCAUCAUCCCGCCCCAUUCCCCCGCUUUCCAUCACCCCUCCCCAUUCUCCCUCCUUCCAUCACCCCGCCCCAUGCUCCCGCUUUCCAUCACCCGCCCCAUUCUCCCGCUUUCCAUCACCUCGCCCCAUUCUCCCGCUUUCCAUCACCCCACCCCAUUCUUUUGCUUUCCAUCACCCCGCCCCAUUCUCCCGCUUUCCAUCACCCUGCCCCAUUCACCCGCUUUCCAUCACCUGCCCCAUUCUCCCUCUUUCCAUCACCCCGCCCCAUUCUCCCGCUUUCCAUCACCCCGCUCCAUUCUCCCGCCUUCCAUCACCCUGCCCCAUUCUCCUGCUUUCCAUCACCCCGCCCCAUUCUCCCGCUUUUCAUCACUCCGCCCCAUUCUCCCGCUUUCCAUCACCCCGACCCAUUCUCCCACUUUCCAUCACCCCGCCCCAUUCUUCCGCUUUCCAUCACCCGCCCCAUUCUCCCGCUUUCCAUCACCUCGCCCCAUUCUCCCGCUUUCCAUCACCCCGCCCCAUUCUUUUGCUUUCCAUCACCCCGCCCCAUUCUCCUGCUUUCCACCACCCGGCCCCAUUCACCCGCUUUCCAUCACCCGCCCCAUUCUCCCGCUUUCCAUCACCCCGCCCCAUUCUCCCGCUUUCCAUCACCCCGCUCCAUUCUCCCGCCUUCCAUCACCCCGCCCCAUUCUCCCGCUUUCCAUCACCCCGCCCCAUUCUCCCGCUUUCGAUCACUCCGCCCCAUUCUCCCGCUUUCCAUCACCCCGCUCCAUUCUCCCGCUUUCCAUCACCCCGCCCCAUUCUCCCUCCUUCCAUCACCCCGCCCCAUUCUCCCGCUUUCCAUCACCCCGCCCCAUUCUCCCUCCUUCCAUCACCCCGCCCCAUUCUCCCUCCUUCCAUCACCCCGCCCCAUUCUCCCUCCUUCCAUCACCCCGCCCCAUUCUCCCGCUUUCCAUCACCCCGCCCCAUUUUCCCCCUUCCCAUAACCCCACCCCAUUCUCCCGCUUUCCAUCACCCCGCCAAAUUCUCCCGCUUUCUAUCACCCCGCUCCAUUCUCCCUCCUUCCAUCACCCCGCCCCAUUCUCCCGCUUUCAAUCACCCCGCCCCAUUCUCCCGAUUUCCAUCACCCCGCCCCAUUCUCUCGCUUUCCAUCACCCCGCCCCAUUCUCCCGCUUUCCAUCACCCCGCCCCAUUCUCCCGCUUUCCAUCAUCCCGCCCCAUUCUCCCUCCUUCCAUCACCCCGCCCUAUUCUUCCGCUUCCCAUCAUCCCGCCCCAUUCCCCCGCUUUCCAUCACCCCUCCCCAUUCUCCCUCCUUCCAUCACCCCGCCCCAUUCUCUCGCUUUCCAUCACCCCGGCCCAUUCUCCCGCUCCUCAUUCUCCCGCUUUCCAUCACCCCGCCCCAUUCUCCCGCUUUCCAUCACCCCGCCCCAUUCUCCCGCUUUCCAUCACCCCGCCCUAUUCUCCCUCCUUCCAUCACCCCGCCCCAUUCUCCUGCUUUCCAUCACCCCGUCCCAUUCUCCCUCCUUCCAUCACCCCGCCCCAUUCUCCCGCUUUUCAUCAGCCCGCCCCAUUCUCCCGCUUCCCAUAACCCCACCCCCUUCUCCCGCUUUCGAUCACCCCGCCACAUUCUCCCGCUUUCUAUCACCCCGCCCCAUUCUCCCUCCUUCCAUCACCCCGCCCCAUUCUCCUGCUUUCCAUCACCCCGCCCCAUUCUUCCGCUUUCCAUCAUCCCGCCCCAUUCUCCCUCCUUCCAUCACCCCGCCCCAUUCUCCCGCUUUCCAUCACUCCUCCCCAUUCUCCCUCCUUCCAUCACCCCGCCCCAUUCUCCCUCCUUCCAUCACCCCGCCCCAUUCUCCCGCUUUCCAUCACCCCGCCCCAUUCUCCCGCUUCCCAUAACCCCACCCUAUUCUCCCGCUUUCCAUCACCCCGCCACAUUCUCCCACUUUCCAUCACCCCGCCCCAUUCUCCCGCUUUCCAUCACCCCGCCCUAUUCUCCCUCCUUCCAUCACCCCGCCCCAUUCUCCUUCAUUCCAUCACCCCGCCCCAUUCUCCCGCUUUCCAUCACCCCGCCCCAUUCUCCCUCCUUCCAUCACCCCGCCCCAUUCUCCCUCAUUCCAUCACCCCGCCCCAUUCUCCCGCUUUCCAUCAUCCCGCCCCAUUCUCCCGCUUUCCAUCACUCCGCCCCAUUCUCCCUCCUUCUAUCACCCCACCCUAUUCUCCCUCCUUCCAUCACCCCGCCCCAGUCUCCCGCUUUCCAUCACCCCGCCCCAUUCUCCUGCUUUCCAUCACCCCGUCCCAUUCUCCCUCCUUCCAUCACCCCGCCCCAUUCUCCCGCUUUUCCUCACCCCGCCCCUUUCUCCCGCUUUCCAUCACCCCGCCCCAUUCUCCCGCUUUCCCUCACCCCGCAACCAUCUCCUUCUUUCCGUCACCCCGCCCCACUCUCCCGCUUUCCAUCACCCCGCCCUAUUCUCCCUCCUUCCAUCACCCCGCCCCAUUCUCACUCCUUCCAUCACCCCGCCCCAUUCUCCCGCUUUCAAUCACCCCGCCCCAUUCUCCCUCCUUCCGUCACCCCCCCCCCUUCUCCCUCCUUCCAUAACCCCGCCCGAUUCUCCCGCUUUCCAUCACCCCGCCCCAUUCUCCCGCUUUCCAUCACCCCGCCCCAUUCUCCCGCUUUCCAUCACCUCGCCCCAUUCUCCCGCUUUCCAUCACUCCACCCCAUUCUCCCGCUUUCCAUCAGCCCGCCCCAUUCUCACUCUUUCCAUCACCCCACCCCAUUCUCCCUCCGUCCAUCACCCCGCCCCAUUUGCCUGAUUUCCAUCGCCCCGCCCAAUUCUCCCGUUUUCCAUCACCCCGCCCCAUUCUCCCACUAUCCAUCACCCCGCCUCAUUAUCCCGCUUUCCAUCACCCCGCCCCAUUCUCUCGCUUUCCAUCACCCCGCCCCAUUCUCUCGCUUUCCAUCAACCCGCCCCAUUCUCCCGCUUUCCAUCACCCCGCCUCAUUCUCCCGCUUUCCAUCAUCCCACGCCAUUCUCCCUCCUUCCAUCGCCCCGCCCCUUUCUCCCGCUUUCCAUCGCCCUGCCCCAUUCUCCCGCUUUCCAUCACCCGGCCCCAUUCUCCCGCUUUCCAUCACCCCGCCCCAUUCUCCCGCUUUCCAUCACCCCGCCCCAUUCUCCCAAUCUCCAUCACCCCGCCCCAUUCUCCAUCCUUCCAUCACCCCGCCCCAUUCUCUCUCCUUCCAUCACCCCGCCCCAUUCUCCCGCUUUCCAUCACCCCGCCCCAUUGGAAUAUGGGAGAAGGGGAUGGAAUAUGGGAGAAGGGGAUGGAAUCUGGGAGAAGGGGAUGGAAUCUAGGAGAAGGGGAUGGAAUCAAAGAGAAGGGGAUGGAGUCCGGGAGAAGGGGAUGGAAUCUGGGAGAAGGGGGUGGAAUCAGGGAGAAGGGGAUGGAAUCCGGGAGAAGGGGAUGGAAUCUGGGAGAAGGGGAUGGAAUCCGGGAGAAGGGGAUGGAAUCUGGGAGAACGGGAUGGAAUCUGGGAGAAGGGGAUGGAAUCUGGGAGAAGGGGAUGGAAUCAAGGAGAAGGGGAUGGAAUCUGGGAGAAGGGGAUGGAAUCAGGGGGAAGGGGAUGGUAUCUGGGAGAAGGGGAUGGAAUCUGGGAGAAGGGGAUGGAAUCUGGGAGAAGGGGAUAGAAUCUGGGAGAAGGGGAUAGAAUCUGGGAGAAGGUGA